CGAUCCACUGUUUUUUACAGCCUCACCGCAUCCAAGUUAGGCGGAAUGGCGUUCAGUUUUGGUGAGCGACCAUGCCAAGAUCUGGCAAUACUAUAACUGGGGAUAGUAUCUUUGGGAAGGCAGCCACAUAAGCGGGUUAUAUACGACAUAGUUAUUCAUAUGAUGCAUAUAUAACAUAAAUAUACUUCAUUUACAACAGAUCUGGGGAGCGACGCACACACUUUCCCGCCAGCACGAGACAUCGCAUCAGAUGUCCGCCUCAACGCGCCUCAUCAGCCAUGGAUACAAAGUCGAGCCGCACACGCAAGAUCGCCCAGAAGCCCGCCCAAAAGGCCACCAACAAAGGCGAUGCGAAGCCCGCACAUAAGGCCGCCAACAAAGACGAUGCGAAGUCCGCUCAUAAGGCCGCCAACACAGAGGAGCCUAAGCCCGCGCCCUCUCCAGAGCCUCCCCAGACUCUACUCGUCGACAAGGAGGAAGUCAACCUCAUCGAUAUCCGCGCCACAGGCGAUAUCCUCCUCGACAUAACCUUCACCAACAGCCACUCAACCCGUACAAUCCUCGCGCUCAACUCCGCCCUCCCUCCGCGACUGUCGCCCUUCUCCAAACCCGGCCUGCCAUCUGACCGCACGCUCUUCCGCGUUCGUCUCGAUACCCUCACCAAGACCUCUGCGUACUUCUCGCGCCUCCUCACCGACGCACGAUUUCAAGAAGCUACGAAGAUAGCGAGUAGCUUUGCCGCUCUCAAAGCUCGCGGCGUUGUACCCACUGAGGCACAGCCCGCCGACCUGCCCCGCGUCGCUAUCACAGAUGAUGAUGACGCGACACAUGUUGGCGGGCGCGCUCCUAUACUCGCAGACCUCCUGCAUAUCCUCCACAGCGGCGACGCGACGUCCAAGCUCUCUAUACCAUACCUAGCGAUCCUUGCAGUGAUGGCAGAUCGCUUCGACUGCGCAGCUACGGUGGGAAGGUAUGUUCGAGGCGCGAAGAGGGUACCGUGGCCUCAGACAUACGGGACGGUGAGUUUUGCAAGCGAGGAGCUGUUGAGGCAGAAGAUGUUGGUGGCGUGGUUGUUGGAGGAUAGGGUGAAGUUUGCGGCGGCGACGAAGGAGUGUGUGUUUAGGGGCAGUGCGAGGUGGGGAGGGGGAGGAGGGAUGCAGAGUGGGCAGGUGGGGGUGUGGUGGGAUUUGCCUGAUGGGAUUGAAGCCGAGCUCCAUUAUCGUCGAACUUGCAUCCUUCAUACCAUCGCGUCUCUUCAGUCCCACUUUAUACGUCUCUAUUCGUCUCGCGACCGGCAAUGCAAGAUGUUCUAUGACUCUUCUGCCGCCUGCGACUCCUUCCAGCUCGGUGAGAUGGUCAAGUUCUUCGUUAACAAGGGUAUCUUUGCCUUUACCUCCCCCCUGCUAGUCAACGAGGAGGAUUACCCCGAGCCCUACGAUGGAGACAUUGAGAACCUCAUCACAGCCCUACGACAGUGCCCCUCCUACCAGUACGACAAAAAUCACGCGCACUGCGGGUUACGUACAAGGCUCAUUCCCGCACUGGAUUUCAUCCAGGCGAUGCUAGCAUCGGGAGUCGGCAUCGACCGCGGAAACUGGAAAGCAGAGCGGCCGAGUACGUCGUGGGAGAGCGUGGAAGGGGUAGAACCCUUCCGGUUGACAAAGAGCGUGGCGACGGAUUCGAGACUCAAACUCGAGGGCUUUCUAACGUCGAGCGCUUUGUCGAAGAGGUUCUUUGGGGCGGGCAGCUGGGACUGGACCCCGGAGGAAUGAGGGGUAGCGCCGCUUUGAGAGUCAUUUACGGGUAAGCGCGGCGUUGUUUUGAAUACAUAGAUGGAAA